UGGCAAUACUUGAUUCUUAUUAGUCUGAUAAUUUAGCAAACAGAUAAUUAUAAAUCUUCUUUUUUUAAUAUAAAUCUAAUGUUUUUUUGCGUUUUAUUAAUAUUUAAUUAGAAAGAUCGUCUAAUACGCCAGAGAAACUGGACUGAGGACAACUAUGGAUUCGGACUUGUCCGGGGCAGAUUUCUGUCGGUUCUGUAGAUCAGAAGCAUCUUCAGACCGACCCCUGUUCCAUCCCUGCAUAUGCACUGGCUCUAUAAAAUGGAUUCAUCAAGAAUGUCUAGUACAAUGGAUGCGGUACUCACGAAAAGAAAUUUGCGAGCUGUGUGGUCAUCGGUUCUCCUUCAUGCCUAUCUAUUCGCCCGAUAUGCCUCGACGACUGCCGAUAAGGGACGUGAUGGGUGGUUUGGUCACCUCCGUGGCGUCGGCUGUGAAAGAUUGGCUACAUUACACUCUGGUGGCCCUUGCCUGGCUGGGUAUCGUUCCACUAACCGCUUGUAGAACUUAUCGAAGCUUGUUUUCGGCUUCCUUAGAUCCAGUUAUAUCCCUGCCAUUUGAUAUAGUAUCGGCUGAGAAUCUUGCUAAAGAUGUUUUCUCUGGUUGCUUUGUUGUGACAUGUACUUUAUUCUCGUUCAUUGGCCUCGUUUGGCUCAGAGAGCAGAUAAUGCAUGGUGGCGGCCCUGACUGGAUGGAGAGAGAGAACUUACCUGCUCCUCCUCCAGAAGAAGCCCCAUUGCCUGAAAAUAACAAUGACCGAGUCAAUGAAGUUCCUGGAGAGGAAGGAGCAGAGAGAGAGGAAGGAAUUGGUGAUGCAGGGGAAGAUGCUCUAGUAGGAGAUGAGGCAAAUUGGAAUCCUAUGGAUUGGGACCGAGCAGCAGCUGAGGAAUUAACAUGGGCUCGUCUUCUUGGUUUAGAUGGCUCUAUGGUGUUUUUGGAACAUGUGUUUUGGGUUGUAUCAUUAAAUACAUUGUUUAUUCUGGUGUUUGCAUUCUGCCCAUACCACAUAGGGAGACUGGGAGCUGCCCUUGCUGGUUUGACUGCAGAGGGUCCGUUUGCUGGCCCGCUGACAGCUCUGUCUGGGUAUGUGUUGGUGGGAGCAAUACUAGCAGUGUUACAUGGUAUAGCAUCAUUGUUACAUCUCAGAAGUGCAAAGAGGACCUUGGGUUUCUGCUAUGUUGUCGUAAAGGUGGCCCUCCUGUCUGUUGUGGAGAUUGGUGUAAUACCACUUGUGUGUGGUUGGUGGUUGGAUCUAUGCUCGCUCUCAAUGUUUGAUGCGACCCUUAAAGACCGGGAGUCAAGUCUCCAUGCAGCACCUUGGACAUUAAUGUUCAUACAUUGGCUUGUCGGCAUGGUGUACGUUUAUUACUUUGCAUCAUUCAUCUUACUACUAAGAGAGGUACUUCGUCCCGGUGUGCUUUGGUUCUUGAAGAAUUUGAAUGACCCUGACUUCAGUCCUGUGCAGGAAAUGAUACAUCUUUCAGUAUGGUCGCAUAUUAGACGUCUUAUUGUAUCUGCAAUGAUAUUUGGUACAGCUGUACUCUUUAUGCUGUGGCUACCGAUAAGGGUCAUCAAAUACGUUCUACCAGGAUUCCUUCCGUAUGCAGUGGCUGUGCACACUGAAGCACCCGUGAAUGAAUUAAGCUUGGAAUUGUUAUUACUACAGGUGAUUCUGCCAGCUCUGUUGGAGCAGUCGCAUACGCGCAAGUGGCUGAAGGCCGGUCUGCGUGCGUGGUGCGCCUGCGCUGCCGCCCUGCUCGGUCUGCGAUCAUACCUGCUGGGAGAGGCGGCGAGGGAUGAACCCAACCCGCCUCCUCAUCCUCCACAUCAGCUUGGCGCUGCACAUCAGGCGCUGGUGUGGCGCGAGGGCCCGGCUGGCUUCGAGCCGUACUCGCGCGUCUCCUGGUUCCCUCUGCGACUGGCUGUCCUGAUGCUGCUCGUCUCACUGUCACUGAUUAUGGCCAGUGCACUCACCUUGGUGAUUCCAGUGGCGAUUGGUAGGAAAGUGAUGGCUCUGUGGCUACCUAAGGCAUCGGACGGAGUGCAUGAACUUUAUACAGCUGCUUGCGGCAUGUACGUGUGCUGGGCGGCGGGGCGCGGCGGCGCGCUGGCUGCGCGCUGGGCGCGGCGCGGGCGCGCGGCGCUGCUGCGGCGCGCUGCGCUGUGGACGCGGCGAGCAGCGCGCGCGGCACUCGCAGCACUCGCGCUGCUCGGACUAGUCCCGCUGAUGUUCGGACUACUGCUGGAAUUGGUGCUGGUGAUCCCGCUGCGCGUGCCGCUGGAGCAGUCGCCGGUGCUGUUCGUGUGGCAGGACUGGGCGCUGGGUGUGCUCUACACCAAGAUCCUGUGUGCUCUCACUAUGAUGGGACCGGACUGGGCGAUGCGCCGCGCGAUAGAGAAAGCCUACAGGGAUGGCAUUAGAGAGAUGGAUUUGAAGUUCAUCCUGCGCGCGGUGGCGGCGCCGCUGGUGCGGUGGCUGGGGCUGGCGCUGGCGGUGCCGUACGCGCUGGCGCACAGCGCGGCGCCGCUGCUGCUGGCCGCGCCGGCGCAGCGCAACCUGCUGGCGCGCCGCGUCUACCCCGCGCUGCUGCUGCUGCUGCUGCUCGCCGCGCUCGCACUCUUCCAGAUCCGGCAGUUCAAAAAGUUGUACGAGCACAUCAAGAAUGAUAAAUACCUCGUGGGCCAGCGUCUCGUCAACUACGACCAUCGGCGGCACAAACAACAGCGCACCACCGUCGCUUCGACCAACUAAGACCGUCAGAGACCGUCUCAGACCGCCGGAGACUGUCUCAGAUCGCUACAGACCGUCUCAGACCGCCAAAGACCGUCUCCGAAAUUCUGAGAUCGGUCGAGACUGACCCUAGAUAAAAUUUAUACUUAGUAAUUUUAACCAUACUGUCUUAACAAGUUUGAACACCCUUUGUAUCGCAAUUAUCACUUGUAUCUAUUCAAGAUACAAGUUAUACAAAAAUAUACAUGAUACAACUAUCUCAUCAUGAUAACAUCUUUUAUAUACAAAAUAAUGAAGGUUCCCUUGAUAGGAGACUUUCAAGUGUAUUUUAAUAAAAUAUCACUUGUGUAUAUCUCGUGUAUACAAGAAUAUAACAUCGUGGUAUCAAGUAUGCUGUAUAUUACGUAUUUAUUAAAUAUAUUCUCCCAAAACGCAAGCAAAAUACGUACUAACUACGUCAUAUAUUAAUAUUCGUGAGAUAAAUGAUACAGAAAUAAUUAAAAUGAUUUUUGUAUCCCGUUUGUAUAAACUUGCGAUAAGCCAAAUGUAUCAUUGAGUCUACAUUUAGCUUUUAUUCUUAGUAAUUUUUCUUUCAAACUUAAUAAAACUUGGUUAAUAUGACAGUAGUAUAUUGUAGCUGUGUUUUUUUUUAUAGAAAUUGGGAAAAAAUAACUCGUUAACGCAACAUCGAGAAGAAUGUAUACCAUUUUGUGAUUGUAAAUAAUUUUCUUUGGAAUGUAGAUAAAAAUUGCGCCACAGACUAUGAAUUAGGUAUUAAAUGCAAUUGCAUUUUUAACAUUUAUUAUAAUUGGUGUGUUAAAAGUCCCGAUCAGUGAAAUCUCAUCCAUAUUGGAGAUUAUUAGUAAAACAAUUUUAUUCUAAUUAAUAUUCACUGUAAAUCCGCCUGGCAUGUAAAUAAAAAAAAUCUAUUUUUUUAAUAUUAAAAGCAGUUAAUAAUGUGAAGGAAAAGUAACAAAUGAAUGGAAAAAUAUUAGAAAAUUGAAACUAAAACGAUUUUUACAUAAAAAUUCGUACUUUGACCCUUCCUCGUGUGAUAUGUGAUGAGGCCACAUUCACAAAAAACAUUAAAAGUAUCAAAAUGUAUUACAUCAGUGAGAAAGUAUACUCUUAAUAUAUUAUUUUAACUUCACUCUUUGGUGAUUUUUCAAAAAUUUUUCAAGCCUCAUUUGAUUCAUUGACCAUUAACCUUGAUAAAAAAACAUGUUUUUUGAUACAACAAUUUCUAGUAUAUUAUGGUUUAGGAAUUGAAAAAAAAUGACUUCUGUCAGGGAAUGGAUUGUUCUAGAUCAUUGAUCGGGAUUUUAUAUACAGGAUGUAAUUUAAUUACUUUCCUUAUAUUGCUAGUUGUCGAUUAGUGUUUGCUAUAACGUAAUGUACAGUCGCAAUUAUAUUUUUAUUACGAUAUUGCUAGAUUAGAUUAUAGGCAUGUAUUUUCGUCAAUUUUGUAAUCGACGGAUAUGAGAUAUUUGUUCGCUAUUCUUUCUUUACUUUUAGACAACACAUUUAAUUGAUUCUGUCGCUUUAAACUCAGAGCAACACUUCUCGUCAGGAUUCAGGUUACGCGCCAAACCAUACUUCUAGUGACAUUGACAGCUGUCAGCUAGGGACGUGACGUUCAUGCCGAUAAUCUAGAGUUGCGCCAACUC